AAUUAACUUAAAAAUGUUCUGAAGUCUUACUUCAAAGUACUCUUCAAGAGGGUAUGCCCACAGAGGUUUUAAGAGUACUGGCAGUCAUGGAAGACUUGGAAAAGGGAUUUCAAGCAGGAUCAAGCAAAGAGCUAUUAAAAUCUGUCAAGAGAGAGCAGUUGCAGAAAAGAGACAGAAGGAGAAAGAAGUGAAGCUAGAGCUUUCUUCUGAAACAAGGUCCAUCUUAAAUCCUGAAACCGAUGAUUCUGAGCCAAAUCCUCAUUCAGUCACUCAAUCUUCCAGCUACAAAAUCAACUUGAAUGAUGUAACAUUAGACCAGAAAAUAGUGGACAGCGGUCUUAAAAUUCCUCUAUCAAAGACCAUUCCAGGCUCAGAUUUGACUGUUCAUAUUCCAGGCAAGAAAUUAGUGACAAGCAUCCAGAUCUUCUUCAAAGGUCACAAAGAAAAGCUCAUCUCUGAAGGAGUCUUAGUAGAGCAGUACAGGAAUAAUCAUAUCAACGGCCAUCUAUCUACCAAAUAUGUGGUACCGGUAGAGAUGGAGAAGAUGGUGCUGGGAGUGGAGAUAGAAGUGCCCGAUAUAGAUCAGAUAGGGUAUACUAGAACAUACUGGGGAGAGAGUUAUUAUAAAUAUACUAUUUUUAGUGCAGGUUUUAAUAAGUUAGUCUGUGCUGGAAUCAGACUGAAAUAAAGCAGUGAUUGAUAAGAGCCAGGUGAGGAAAUCAGGAAGUAAAACUAUUGAAGAGAAUCCAGAAGAAACUAAACUAGCUCCUCCUGAUCCCUUUUGCUCCUUGAAUGAAAUUAAGAUCUCUACUAAGUUGCCAGUGAAUAAUUUGGAAAGCUUUAAGAAAGCAGUGGCUCCACUUAGUUCUUAUAAGUCAAAGGAUGGAUCAUUGAAGGCUAAGUUUGAGUGGUACUCCAAAUGUUCAUAUGAAGGGCAAGAGGUUUCCUUCUAUGGUUAUAAUGAUUACCAUCAUAUGGUCGAAUGGAAGGAAGUAUUCAUUCCAUCCCUCCAGAGCCUCAGCAUCGUGUAUUAUGAAAAUGAAAAUAAGGAGAAAACAGGAAAAUUUUAUGAAGAAUCCCAGCCUCUUUACAGAAGAACUGCUUUGUAUGACAAGAUAGAAGAACUUGUUGAAAAAUGGGAAAUCCAGGAUCUUCGUGUUGAAAAUCUGGACAGAAGAUUGUGCCAGAUUGGAAUCGAGUGGAAGCUGUAUCCAACGAAAUCAUAUACAGGCUUUAAGACUAAAUCAGCAAGUACUGGAGAUGAUAAUGUCAUAUUGACUUUUCAUCAGCUUGAUUUUGAAAGCUAUAGAAUGACUCCUAUUCCUCUUCUGGAGAUAAAGUAUGAUGGCAUCAACACUGAAGAGUUUUGGACUUGGGAGCUAAAUCCAGAAUUCACUGGCUACUAAUUGAUUCCUUAUUCU